AACCCGGAGUGUAAACACGGGCGCGCGCGGGUGCGUCGCUACGCGGCGUGGUUUACAGAGGAGACCCGGGUUUAUCUGAACGGAGAAAAAAAUCAGUUAUUAUUAAUAUUAUUAUUAAUAUUUACCCGCGCGCUCAGGGGGAGGAGUCGACAGAGAGAGAGAGAGGAUGGUGUUUUUUACCUGUAACUCGUGUGGGGAGUCUCUGAAGAAAGCGCAGAUAGAGAAGCAUGUGGGGAUGUGCAGAGGAAGCUCCUGUUUUUCCUGCAUCGACUGUGGAAAAGAUUUCUGGGGGGAGGAGUAUAAGAAUCACCUGCGCUGCAUCAGCGAGGAUCAGAAGUACGGGGGGCGGGGCUACGAGGCCAAAGCCAAUAAGGGAGAUGUGAAGCAGCAGCAGUGGAUUCAGAGGAUACAGGAGGCUCUGAGUAAACCCGGCGUCAGCGUCCGACUCAAAGACCUUCUCAAUCAAAUCUGUUCCUACGACAACGUUCCCCGAAAAAAAGCCAAGUUCCAGAACUGGAUCAAGUGCAGCCUGAAGAUCCACGACCUGAACCUGCAGAACCAGGUGUGGGAGAUCAUCUCUGCUGCAGAGAGCAGUAAACCCAACGGAACCCAGCGUCCAGAACCCAAACCAGACCCUCCUCUUCCUCAGCAGCUCCAGACGGAGGAAGAGGAGGAGAAACCCAGAGAGAAAAAGAAGAACAAGAGAGAGAGAAAAGAGGAGAGACAGAAAAAGAACAAGAACAAGAAGAACGGAGAGAACACCACCGACGAACAGAAGAUAAAGAAGAAGAAAAAGAGGAAGAGAGAUGCUGAGGAGGAGGAAGAGGGGCAGGAUGAAGAGGAGGAGCCAACAGUUAAACCAAAGAAGAAGAAAGGGGAGGAGCCAGGUAAAGUAGAAAAUCUGGAGGAUUUAGAGGAUCAGCAGGAGGAUCAGCAGGAGGAUCAGCAGGAGGAUCAGCAGGAGGAUCAGUCCGGUUCUAAAGGAAAGUUUAACUGGAAGGGGACGAUAAAGGCGGUGCUGAGGGAGGGGCCGGAUGAAGGCCUGUCUGUCAAAAAGCUCCGCAAGAAGGUGCUGGCGGCGUAUUACUCGUUCAGUGGAGAGGGGAACUACAGGUCGGAGGAGGAGCUGUACUCUGUGUUUAACAGGAAGUUAAAUGGACCCAAGUUUAAGGUUCUGAAGGAUAAAGUGAAGCUGGUAAAGUGACCCGGAUUUACCAGAACCAGAAUCACAACCAGAACCAGAACUGUUCAGAUCUGUGUCUUUUAAUGUACAAAAUUCAGCUUUUCUUACAAUAAACAUCCUCAAAACAAA